CGACACCUUACCGUGCCAGUCUCCCCUAGGCAUUUCCAGUCCGUACCCCAAAAGUUCCACCAUCGCCUCUUGCGCUGCUAUUUUCUUUUCCUCCCUCUCUUUCCCUCCUCUCGCCCUGAAGCAGACCACAUCCACCCAAGUUCGCCACGAAAGUCGGGACGUUACCGAGGUCUGCACUGAAAACCCCCCCAGAGGCGAACGAGCCGUGUCCUUGCUCUUACGACGACUUGGCAAUGCGAUUGGUGCUAGUGGUGCGACAAUAUGACGGCAAGACGGUACCUCCAAAGCUGGAGAUUUGGGUUUGAAGCGAGGGACCCAAUCACAAGAGAAUGGAGACCUAUAUUUGAGAGGCGUUUGGGUGGUUCGCCUUAGAUGAGCGCAUCCAGAUCUUAUGGAUAACGUUGGAUGCGCCCCCUCACCCUCGACUCGGAGCUCGUUCCCGGCGAGCCAGCAAAGCUCAGCUUAGGGGCCGACUCGUUGCUGCUGCUGUCAACAUUGAGGCGCAGCCUGGUGGCCUACUGGCCGACUGGCCUGCUGAUCACGCCGCCAGGAAGGCUGUCAGCCGGCCCCAGUGCGAAACAUAUAAAUGCGCCGCAUGACCCCCCCGAAUCCCCCGUCGGCCACAGAAAACUCCCACACCCCUCCUUGACAAGGACUGUCAGCGGACUCGAUGAAGCAGUCAAGAGCUUGGGGCGGUUGCACAAAAGUUGGGACGACGUUGCGAUAUCCUCGUCUCCGAUCAUGCACGAAAGGGGACCCCCCCUGGCUGACGGUGACUGCACCUCCCAGUUCUGUCUAGUUGCAGCUUUGGCACAACGCCACCGUGAUGUGGAUGUGGCUGUGGCUGAUCUGAUCGGGUUGCGCGGCUAAAAUCGAGCAUCCCGCAAGCUGGGAGAUCAUGCCUCGUCUACAGGAAUUACUUCUUGUCAUCGCUCUACUGGCACGCAUCAUCGAUUUGAAAUAACCAAGCACACUGUCACGGACGGGCUCUGAGAGUUUACUCGACAAGGUCGCGUGAGACAGUGCGAGCCAGCUAAAUAUAGCCGUCGCUACGUCCGCCUACUUCAAUGGCCAGGCCUCGAUAUGAUACGUAAUGCGACUGGCGGAGAUCCGAUCGGGUAUCCGGUCAGGUGCAAGUAAUGUAAUCCAAUUGUUGACGUCCGAAGUCUUUUCGCCAUCUCACAACACGCACUGAUCUACGCGGCCUCUCCGUCGUGAGCGUCUCGUGGCAACAAGCCCGUGCACAAGUAAGCUGAAAGACGAGCAUCAACCUUGUCGGCCCAUCCAACGCCCGGCGUCCGUGUCGUCUCAGCCUAGUGCCUCGUCUUGAUCUCUCGCUGCCCAAGGUGUUGGCAGUCAUAGAAGCUGAA